CACUGUGAUCCAUCCACAGGUAGAAUAGCCGUCCUGUAGCCAGCAGCCGUCUCCCUGUAGUUUCACGUUCUCCAUCUUAGUUUUUUAUACACAUCCAGUGGAGCUCCUAACCUCUGUAGUAUCCUGAGAACUCAUACUCAUUCAGCGAUGUUAGCUCCACCCCAGUGAAGUAGAUGAGAAAUGGAAGUGCAACGUUCUUUUAAUGGAUGACGUUAGAAUAAUGUGUUACGUUAGGCCACCACUCGUUUGAGGAACAUUCGCUGAAGCAUCAAACAUCAUCUCAUCAUGGAGAGGGCCACAUACAAACACAAGCUGAAAGGAAAGACCAGCACACAUCUGUGGAACAUGGACAUGUAAUUCAGAGCCAGACAUCAUCUCAGCAUGGAGAGGAGAGAAAAGGUAACGCACUUCUACUAUUAAGAGCAUGAUAAUGUUUUCUGAAAGGCUGCCAAAAAAAAAAAACAUCUUAAAGUGGUGUAUUAUUUUCAUGAUAGCUGUGUCAACCCCUCACAAAUCCAAUGGACAUGUUCAUGAGACUCAUGGCCACCAAACGGCAACAGAUGAGCAAAGGCACAGUGAUACUCAGAAAGCAGUCUCCCAGAUGCAUGAGAGUCUCGCACAAGGCCACAAAACAGCAGCCUCACAUGGACAUGGAGAGGAGGGGCAUGGACACAAUAAAGUAGAAAGGACAGAUCCCCACAAGCCCAGUGGACACGUACAUGAUGCUCAUGGUCACAUAUCGGCAACCCCACAUGGGCGUGGAGAAGAGGGGCGCACACACACAAACACUGAAAGGACAGAUCCUCAUGAGUCUCAUACUGUUGUACAUCAUGGCCACAAAUCGACUACCUCACACGGACAUGGAGCGAUGGAGCACGCACACGCAAAAGUUGGAAGUACAGAUGCUCAUGUGUCUCACACCCAUGUGCAUCACGGUCAGAACCCCCCAGGCUCACACGGGCACGGAAAGACAGAGCUCUCCCACGGACGAGUUGAAGCGAUUGAAACGACAGAUCCUCCGGCGUCUCAUGGACACAGACAUGAGACGCACGGUCACAAAUCGGCAGCCUCACAUGGACACGGACAUGAGACGGACACACACAGAAAAGUUGAAGUGACAGGCCAUGACAAGUCCCUCGGACAUGAGGCUCAUGGCCACAGUUCAACAACCUCUCAUGGACACGGAGAGGAGGAGCACACACCCAGACAUGUUGAAAUGACAGAUGCUUCCAAGUCCCAUGGACAUGGACAAGAGAUUCAUGGCCACAAAUCAGAGCAUGGAGAGGCGCAGCAUAGCCCAGACCCUCAUAAGUCUGAAGAACAUGGCCACCAAUCCGCAUCAUUUGCACAUCCACAAAGUGGAGGGCACGGGGAAACUCACAGGACAGUCGCACAUGGUUUUGAGGAGCACGCACACAGCACUCACGGCCACAAAGCACCAAUCCCAUCGCGGCGCGGGGAGGACAGGGAGGACGCUCACGGCCACAGGAGGGCUGAAAAUGAAGAGCACAGUAUCGUUGUAAACCACGGGAGAGGAGGAGGUGGUCACGGAACCAUAAGGCACGGUGUUCGGAAAGAAGACGACGAGGACAAAGAAAGAAGGAAAAAGAAAGGGCUUCUGAAACUCCUGAUCUCAGGAGAGCCUCAGGUCAAACAGUUACUCGGGAUCAUAUAUGACAGUUUUAAAGACUGUGAGUGCUACGGCCACUCCAACCGCUGCAGCUACAUCGACUACCUGAACAUCGUCACUUGUGUCAGCUGCAAGCACAACACCAGAGGCCAGAACUGCCAACACUGCAGACUGGGAUACUUCCGCAACGCCUCUGCCGAACUGGAUGAUGAGAACGUCUGCAUCGAGUGUAACUGCAACCAGCUGGGCUCCAUCCACGACCGGUGUAACGGCACGGGCUUCUGCCAGUGUAAAGACGGCGCUGCGGGGGCCAAAUGUGACGACUGCCUGCCGGGAUACUACUGGAAACAAGGCUGUUACCCUAACGUUUGCGACGAGGAGAUGCUGCUGUGCCAGAACGGAGGAACGUGCCACAUGAACCAGAAGUGCGUCUGUCCUCCGGAGUUCAAAGGGGUCUUGUGCCAACAGUCCCGCUGCGAAGCGGGCAAGGACUGCAACGGCGCCUCUUCGCCACGCCUCUCCACGGCCGCCCUGCUGCUCUGUACUCUAAGCUACCUGCUGGCCACGUUAUCACACCACUGAGCCACGAAAAGACGCCCCCCACACCCCCUGCCUCCUCCUACCUACCCACCCUUCAGACACUAGGAGUGUGUGCACAUGGAAGGGGAACCGGAACAUGAGGCGGAGGAGGGCAUGUCUGGUCUCCCGAACCCCCCCCGCCUUGCGACAGCACUCAAACAUGCACACACUCACCGAAAACACUACCUAAGCCCUCGCAAAGCACACGUAUAUACACACACACGCGCACACACACCUCACAGGACUGUUACGGCACCGAGAGUGUGUGUGCUCAGGUGUGGGGAAUGGACGAGCAGAGAAACAAACGCCUCAGAGAAAAGCGAUGCAGUCAAAGGGGAAGAAAAUGAUACCAACCACUGUUCCCUUUAUUCCUCAGCUGGAGCAAUGUGCAUCAAACCAAAAAGCAUAAAAAAGUAACACUUAAAUCACCACUGUUUCACUUCAAAGGGGAUGGCUUGUUUAACCCCCGGGAUUUUUUUUUUUUUUUUUUUUUUAUUAUUAUUCUUUUCCGUUUCCUUCUUCUUGGUUGAGCUAAAGAUCUCUCAUCUGUUGGACUGACUGACAACUAAUGUGUGUGUGUGUAUGUGUGUGUGUGUGUGUGUGUGUGUGUGUGCGUGUGGUCAGACCCGUCGACUUGGCAGACGGGUCAGAAUGAGCUUGUUUAAUUCUGCUGCUGCGGCCUACAUAGUAUAUUAACCAAGUUUCAUUUCUCCUCAGACGAUGAGACUUGAUUUUACAUUUAUUCUAUUUCUGCUGCAUCUUUACUUUGAAUUGUACCAUCAGUCAUUUUAUCUAAACGCGCCCACUAGAAGUCGCUGAGAUUAUACAUAUUAUAUACUAUCCAGGGGGAAGGGGUUAUGAGUUUAAAAAAAAGAAAAGAAGAAGAAGAAGAAAUUAGUCACUAUUAUGGUUGUUGUAGGAAUGAGUGAUUGUUGCCACGCUUAACGAGAUUUUAAUCUUCACAGUAUUCAGGAAGCAGAGUUUACCAACUUUCAACUAAUCAGAGGUCUAAAGGAAAGAGGAAAAAUGUAAAACCACGUAUCAAUUAUAUGACAUUAUUUGAAUAUUUUUUGUAGAAAUUAUUUUUGUUUGAAGUUACAAUAAAUUAUAAAAAAAAAAGAAAAAGAUUACAUUUACAACUAUUCCUAAUGUGCAUUUUAUUACACUGAUUGUAAAGCUUACAGUAAAUAUGACUGUUAUUUGCCUU